AUGCCUGGAGACAUGGGAGAUACAAUACCUGGAGGAAUAGUGGCUGCUGCAAAGAACCGUCUGCAGGUGAUGAAGGGUCUGGAGGAUGUGGAGGUGUCUGAGUGUGAGAGCUGCUCCUUCGAAGUGACCCUGAACCUGGCCUUUAUCGAGGGCGUGUGGUCCAGGGAUGGGAUGCCGCUUAAGUCCAAACCCAACUGGCGCAUCAGCACACAUGGGAAGAAACACUCGCUGGUGCUGAGCCGCGUGGCUUUAGGAGACUCAGGCCUUUUCUCUUUUCAGGCCAACGGCAUUCAGACUGAAGGCAGACUCAGUGUCACAGCUAGGGACAUCCACAUUGUGAAGGAGCUGGAGGAUGUUGACACGAUGGAGCGUCAACCUGUUAACUUCCUCUGUGAGGUCAACCAGGAGGAUUUGGACGGUCGGUGGUACAGAGACGACUGCCGAAUCAGACCUGGGGACAACAUCAAGACCAAUCACCACGGUAAGACUCACACCCUGUUCUUCAAGUCCGUCCGACCUGAGCACGCCGGAGAGAUCAAAUUCACUGCAGAGCGAGUCUCAUCCUAUGCGUCCCUCACAGUGAAAGAGCUCCCAGUCCAGAUAGUGCGUCCUCUGAGGGUGAAGAUAGCCAUGUAUCGGCACCGGGGUUUGCUGGAGUGCCAGGUGUCCCGGCCCAAUGCUCAGGUCAGGUGGUACAAGAACAGAAAGGAGCUCUUUCCCAACAGGAAGUACCAACUGAUCAGCCAGGAUGUCUACAGGCAGCUGACAAUCGACAACGUCUGCUCUUCAGACGAGGACACCUACAUGUGUGAUGCAGGAGACGACAACACCUCCUGUCAGCUGCUGGUGGAGGAGCAGGCGAUCAGCAUAGUGCGGGGGAUGAGCUCCGUGGAGGUGAUGGAGCCGGAGCCGGCGCUGUUCCAGGUGGAGACCAGCCUGAAGUCAGGGAGGCCCCCUCGGUGGACCCUGAACGGGGAGGUGCUGGAGCCGUGUUCGGCGGUGAACAUCGACAGGCAGGGCACCGUCCACAGCCUCUGCCUCACCUCCACACAGAGCUCCAUGUCGGGCCCCGUGCUCUUUGUGGCCGGCAAGAGUCGCUCCACUGCGCAGCUUAAAGUCAAAGAGCGCCAUCUUGAGGUUGCCCACCCCCUGGAGGAUAUGGAGGCGAAGGAGAAGAGCUCUGACCUGAGCUGUGCGUUUGCUCCGUCUCCCCGGGUGGUGCGCUGGUUCAAAGGCCGCACGGCUCUGAAGACCUCCAACAAGUACAGCAUGAAGAGAGAAGGGAAACGAGCGCACCUGACCAUUCAUGGCCUAACGGGGAUGGAUGCAGGACAGUACCGAUGCAUGGCCGGGGGCUCACAGAGCACAGCGCAUCUUAGAGUGGAAGUGCGUACGCUGAAGCUGGUAAAACAUCUCGAUCCGGUAGAAAUCGAGGAGGAUGGCAACGCCACAUACUCCUGUGAGCUGAACUACGUGGUUGCUAACGCGGAGUGGCUCCUCAACAACGUUCGCCUCUACAGCAACGCCAUCAACAGGAUCCAGCACAUGGGCACCAUGCACAGCCUCACCAUCAAGAAGCUGCGUCCACAGGAGAGCAGGGUCACCUUCAAAACAGGCCUCCUCUCGGAGACUACCACCUUAAAGGUCAAAGAGCGCCCAGCCGUGUUCCUGAGGUCUCUGGAGGAUGUAGUAGGGGAGGAGCAAGGGGAGGUCUGUCUGCAGUGCGAAAUUUCCAAAGAGACGGUGACCCCUGUGUGGAGGAAAGAUGGUACAGUCCUGACGGCUGAUGAUAAACACGAGUUGCUCCAGUUAGGGAAGUCCAUGGCACUGAUCAUCCAUUCCCUGAGCAAGGAGGACGCUGGACAUUACACCUGUGAUCUGGGAACCAGCCAGACCAAGGCUAAAGUUACUGUGCAUGACUUACACAUCACUAUCGUUCAACGCAUGAAGACAACGUCUGUUCUGGAAGGCGAAAUCUGCACUUUUGAAUGCAACCUCUCUCACAAUGUCGAGGAAGAGCCUUUCUGGACCAUCAAUGGCCAGGUGGUGGUAACCGACAGCCGAAUCCAGGUUAUCAACAAUGGUCGUAACUACAAGAUGACCAUAAGAGAUGCUACACUAACGGAUGCUGGCGACGUGGUCUUCACAAUUAAAGAUCUGAGCUGUAGGACUAUGCUCUUCGUUAAAGAGAAGCCAGUGCACAUCUUCAGGGACCUGUUGAACGUGAAAGCGGUACCGGGCGAGGACGCAGAGCUGAGCUGUGAGAUCACCAAACCAGAAGCCAACAUCCGUUGGCUGAAAAACGGACAUUUCAUCAGGCCGAGCGCCAAGUAUGAGAUGAGUGUAGAGAAGAACUUGGCACGACUGGUGAUCAAGAACACCACCAUCAAUGACUCUGGAGAGUACUGCUGUGAGGCCGACGGCAUUGCCACACGGGCCAAGCUGGACAUCAGAGAACUCCAGCACACAUUCGCGAGGGAGUUGAGGGAAACACGAGCCGAGGAAAAGGGCAAAGUGAUUCUGGACUGUGAGACCAGGCAGCCGGCCAAGCGGGUGACCUGGCUGAAGGGCAUGGUGGAGCUGAGGUCCGGCAGGAAGUACGUCAUCAGACAGAAAGGCGUGGUGCUGUCCCUGACCAUCACCUGUCUGGAGAUGUCGGACAUGGAUGUUUACACGUGUGACGUUGGUACCAUGCAGAGCCGAGCACAGCUGACUGUGCAGGGUCAGAAGGUGUUGAUCCUGGAUGAGUUAGAGGAUGUGGAGUGUCUGGAAGGCGACACGGUCACGUUCAGGUGUCGAAUUUGUCCCAGUGACUACACCGGGAUAAAGUGGUAUCUGGACGAGACUCUGCUCUACACCAAUGACCUCAACGAGAUCCAGAUGGUGCCUGGAGGAUACCACACCCUCACAUUUAGACAGCUCGCCCGCAAAGACACCGGCACCAUCUCGUUUGCAGCGGGGGACAAAAGAUCGUACGCCUCGCUGUUGGUUAGAGAAAGGCGUCCGACCAUUAUUAAAGCUCUGGAAGACUGCGAGGCAAUUGAAGGAGGGGGGCUGGUUUUAUCUUGUGUGGCUUCCAAGCCAUGUCACAUCCUGUGGUACAAAGAUGGCUGCCUGAUGUGGAACUCCUCGAGGUACUCCGCCAGUCGUUCAGGCUGCGAAGCCCGACUGACGAUUCGGGAGGUAUGCAACAACGAUGCCGGGGUCUACGAGUGCAGCGCUGGAUCGGUUACAACCAGGGCCGUCGUAACGGUCAAAGCCAUCCCAGCAGAGUUCACCCAGUGUCUGGAGCCAGUGGAGGCCAAGGAGGGCGAGACGGUGACCCUGAGCUGUGAGUACUCCCUGCCUGGAGUCCCGUUCCACUGGAGGAGAGGGUUAGAGAGCGUCAGGCCUGCAGACAGGUUCCUGAUGAAACAGAAGAAGACCAUCAUCACCCUCACCAUCAAAUCUCUGAGGCCUGCAGACUCCGGAGAAUACAUCUGUCAGUGCAGAGACCACCGCACCUCAGCCAGCCUCAAGGUCCAGGCGAUCCCCAUCACAUUCGUCCAGCAGCUGAAGAACACGCAGGCAGAGGAGGGAAACAACGUGCUGCUGCGCUGUGAGCUAUCUAAACCCGGGGUUCCCGUGGAGUGGAACAAAGGACACGAGCUGCUGAAGAACGGAGUGAAGCACCAGAUGAAGAGGAGAGACACCACGCUGGAGCUUCUCAUCUGGAAACCUGUUCCUGAGGACAGCGGACUGUACAGCUGCGUGUGUGCCGAUCAGAGGACGUCCGCCACCGUCAAAAUCAAUGCUCUGCCGGUGGUCUUCAAGCAGAAGCUGAGGAGCGUGGUGGUGGAGGAGGGCAGCACGGCGGCUCUGCGCUGCGAGCUGUCGAAGCCCGUUCCCUUCGUGGAGUGGAGGAGGAGAGGCAGCGAGGUCCUGUCCCACGGAGAGAAAUACCACCUGAGGCAGAGGGACGUCCUGAUGGAGCUGAGGAUCUUUGACGUGACGCCGGAGGACAGCGACAUCUACACCUGCAUCUGUGGAGACAUAGAGAGCACUGCCACGCUCACCGUCAACAUUCUUCCCGUCACCUUCAGGCAGAAGCUGAGGAACGUGCAGGCGGAGGAGGGUCAGAACAUCUCUCUGUGCUGCGAGCUCUCUAAGCCGGGGGUCCCGGUGCAGUGGAGGCUGGCCGGGGAUCUGCUGCAGAGCGGGGACAAGUUCCAGAUGAAGCAGCGUGAAGCCACCGUGGAGCUGAUCAUCAGAGAGGCCGAGCCCGAGGACAGCGGCGUCUACGCCUGCGUGUGCCGAGAGCAGAAGACCAAGGCCACCGUCAAAGUGAUCGCUGUUCCCGCCACAUUCAAAGUGAGUCUGAAGGGUCUGGAGGCUGAGGAGGGCAGCAGCGUGACUCUACGCUGCGAGCUGUCCAAGAGAGGCGUCCCGGUGCAGUGGCAGAGAGACGCUCAGCUGCUGUCGGAGUUCACGAGUCGGGGAAAGUUACAGAUGAGUCUCGAGGGAAAGGCGGCUCAGCUCACCGUCCUCAACGUGCAGCAGGAGGACGCAGGGAGGUACAGCUGCACGACGGGAGAGGAGAAAACCUCCGCCGAGCUCAAAGUGAAACCUCUUCCGGUGACGUUCAAACGAGAGCUGCAGCUCCUGGAGGUGAAGGAGGGCCACAGCGGGGUGUUCUGCUGCGAGAUCUCCAAACCUGGAGCUCCUGUGGACUGGAGGAAAGGCAGGACCACCCUCAAACCUGGUGACAAGUACGAGAUGAAGCAGGAGGGACCUUUCACCAAACUCAUCAUCAACGACGUGGAGGAGAGCGACGCUGGGAAAUACACCUGCAAGACCAAAGACAGGCAGUCCACCGCUGAGCUCAUCGUCAAAGGUUUACCACCGAGCUUUAAGAUGCCCUUAGUGGGUCAGGAGGCGACGGAGGAGAACUUUGUGGUCCUGCGGUGUGAGCUCAACAAACCCGCCUCGUCUGUGGAGUGGAGGCGAGGAGGAGAGCUGCUGAGCAACGGAGACAAAUACCAGAUGAAGAAGAAGGAGCUGCAGGUGGAGAUGAAGAUCGUGGACCUCACUCUGGAGGAUGCCGGAGAUUACACGUGUGCAUGUGGGGAACAGAGCACUACAGCCGGGAUCACGGUGAAGGAGCGGCCCGUCAGAUUCCUGCAGGAUCUGAAGAACGUUCAGGUUCAGGAGGGGAACGCGGUGACGCUCAGCUGUGAGGUCUCUAAACCCGGGGGUGCGGUGCAGUGGAGGAGGGGCGCCACGCUGCUGACCCCCGGGGAGAAGCACCAGAUGAAACAGAGCGGCUCCACCCUGGAGCUCCACGUCAGGAAGAGCCAGCCGGAGGACAGCGGCUCCUACAGCUGUGAGUGUGGAGACGCCAGAACCACAGCGACCGUCAUCAUCACCGCCAUCCCGGUGACUUUCAAGCAGAAGUUGAAGAACCAGGAGGCGGUGGAGGAGGGCAGUGUGACACUGCGCUGCGAGCUCUCUAAAGCCGGCGUCCCUGUGGAGUGGAGGAGAGACGCUCAGCUGCUGAAGGAGGGGGAGAAGUAUCUGAUGAAGCAGGAAGGCCGGAUCGCAGAGAUGCAGAUCAGAAACCUGACGCUCACAGAUCUGGGAGAGUACAGCUGCUCUGUCGGCACCGCUGUGACCUCAGCCGACAUCAAAGUCAGAGAAAUCCCUGUCACGUUUAAAGAAGAGCUGGAGGAUUUGGAGGUGAAGGAGGGGGACAGCGGGAUUUUCUGCUGCCAGCUCUCCAAACCUGGAGCUCCGGUGGACUGGAGGAAAGGAAGAGUCGUCCUCAGACCUGGGUAUAAAUACGAGAUGAAGCAGGAGGGUCGUCUCACCAAACUGAUCAUCAACAACAUGGAGGAGAGCGAUGCUGGGAAAUACACCUGCAAGACCAAAGACAGCCAAUCCACUGCUGAGCUCACCGUCAAAGCUCCUCCCAUCACCUUCAAGACGAAACUGAAGGCCCAGCAGGUGGAGGAGGAGAACAGCGUGACUCUGAGCUGCGAGCUCUCCAAACCCGGCCUCACUGUGGAGUGGAGGAAGGACCAGGAGCUGCUGAAGAACGAUUUCAAAUACCAGAUCAAAAACAGGAACAGCAGCAUGGAGCUGACCAUCAAAAACUCCCAGCUGCAGGACAGCGGCCUCUACAGCUGCUCGUACGGAGACGUGAAGACCAGCGCCAACGUCACCAUCACACCUAUCCCGCUCUCCUUUAAACUGGGUCUGAAGAACCAGGAGGCCCCGGAGGGAGGGAACGUGUCCCUGCGCUGCGAGCUGUCCCGGGCGGGGGUGCCGGUGCAGUGGUGGAAGGCGGAGGAUCAGCUCCACCCGGGGGGGAGGUACCAGAUGACCCUGAGGGGGAAAAUCGCAGAGAUGCACAUCAGAAACGUGCAGCCGGAGGACGUGGGGGAGUACAGCUGCGUGUUCGGGGAGCAGAAGACCACCGCCGAGGUCAGCGUCAGAGCGGCAGCUUCAGUUUUCUUCGAGAAGGAGCUGGAGAGCCAGGCGGUGAUGGAGGGGAAACCUGUGCUGAUGUCCUGUCAGGUCUCCAGCGCCACCGUCCCCGUCACCUGGAAGAAAGACAACGUUGUUCUGGAGGAGGAAGGAGGGCGGUACAUCGUGAAGAAGAACGGCCCCACACACACUCUGGAGAUCAAGAAGCUGCAGCCGGAGGACGCAGGAGAGUACUGCUGCAUCUCCAGAGGAAAGAAGACCUCCGCCAAGAUCAUCGUCAGGGAGCGCGUGCGGAUCGUCUCGGAGCUGCAGGGCAUCACGGUGACGGCGGGUGAAGACGCCGUGUUCGAGUGCGAGCUGAGCCACGCCGACGUCAACGAUGGGGCGUGGUGGCUGGGCCCCAGCCCCCUGCAGAGGAACGAGAUGAACCAGAUGACGGUCCGGGGCCGGCAGCAGCGCCUGGUGCUCACCAUGACGACGCCCGAGGAGACCGGCAUCGUGGCGUUCGUGAUCGGGGAGGAGAAGACCUCCGCGCGACUGCUGGUGGUUCCCAAGGCAACAGUUUUGUUCGAGGAGAAGCCUAAAGACGUUGUGAUCCUGGAGGGAGAGUCGGCCACUUUGUCGUGCACGAUAUCUGAUUUCACCUCGCCGGUCACCUGGACGAGAAACCACAUCCCGCUGCGAGACGGAGACAAAUACGAGACGCGUAAAGAGGGGAAAGUCAACCUGCUGAUUAUCCGUGAUGUGGAUCCUCUGGACGCCGGCGCAUACUGCUGCGAUACAGGAGAUGCACAAAGCAGCGCCAAACUCACCGUCACGGAGCUCCCUCCGUUCUUCCAAGAGGAAUUACAGAGUGUGGAGGCGGAGGAGGGAGGAUCAGCCUCUCUGUACUGUGAGCUGUCCAAAUUGGGAGUGCCGAUUCAGUGGAUGAAGAACAGGCUGCCACUGAGAGGCAGCAGGAAGUACGAUAUCAGGCAAGAUGGCUGCCUCCUCCAGCUGCACAUCAAGGAUCUCAAACCUGAAGACGGUGGCAGCUACACGUGUCAAGCAGGAAGUGCAGAAACCACUGUGACGGUGACAGUGAAAGAGCUCCCUCCAUUCUUCAAGAAGGAAUUAAAGCGUGUGGAGGCGGAGGAGGGAGGAUCAGCCUCUCUGUGUUGUGAGCUUUCUAAACCUGCAGUGUCAGUGCAGUGGAAGAAGAACAGGCUGCCUCUGAGAGCUAACAGGAAGUACGAGAUGAAACAAGAUGGCUGCCUCCUGCAGCUGCACAUCAAGGAUCUCAAACCUGAAGACAGCGGCUGCUACACAUGUCAAACAGGAAGUGCAGAGACCUCUGCGUCUGUGACAGUGAAAGAGCUACCACCAUUUUUCAAAGAAGAACUGCAGAAUAUAAAGGCUGAGGAGGGAGGAUCAGCCUCUCUGUGCUGUGAGCUGUCUAAACCUGGAGUGUCAGUGCAAUGGAAGAAGAACAGGCUGCCACUGAGAGCCGGCUCAAAGUAUGAAAUGAAACAAGAUGGCUGCCUCCUUCAGCUCCUGAUUAAAGAGCUAACACCUGAAGACAGCGGCAGCUACUCAUGUCAAGCAGGAAGUGCAGAGACCUCUGCGACAGUGACAGUGAAAGAGAUUCCAGUAUUUUUCAAAGAAGAUUUACAGAAUAUAAAGGCUGAGGAGGGAGGAUCAGCCGGUCUGAGUUGUGAGCUGUCUAAACCUGGAGUGUCAGUGCAAUGGAAGAAGAACCGGCUGCCUCUAAGAGCCGGCACAAAGUAUGAAAUAAAACAAGAUGGCUGCCUCCUUCAGCUGCUUAUUAAAGAGCUAACACCUGAAGACAGCGGCAGCUACUCAUGCCAUGCAGAAAAAGCAGAGACCUCUGCGACAGUGAGAGUUAAAGAGCUGCCUCCAUUCUUUGAGAAAGACUUAGAAAGUGUGGAAGCUGAGGAGGGAGGAUCAGCCUCUCUGUGUUGUGAGCUGUCUAAACCUGGAGUGUCAGUGCAAUGGAAGAAGAACAGGCUGCCUCUGAGAGCGAACAGGAAGUACGAGAUGAAACAAGAUGGCUGCCUCCUGCAGCUGCACAUCAAGGAUCUCAAACCUGAAGACAGUGGCAGCUACUCAUGUCACACAGGAAGUGAAGAGACCUCUGCGACUGUGACAGUGAAAGAGAUUGUACCAUUCUUCAAGGAAGACUUAGAAAGUGUGGAGGCUGAGGAGGGAGGAUCCGCCUCUCUGUGUUGUGAGCUGUCUAAACCUGGAGUGUCAGUGCAAUGGAAGAAGAACAGGCUGCCUCUGAGAGCUAACAGGAAGUACGAGAUGAAACAAGAUGGCUGCCUCCUGCAGCUGCACAUCAAGGAUCUCAAACCUGAAGACAGCGGCUGCUACUCAUGUCACACAGGAAGUGAAGAGACCUCUGCGUCUGUGACAGUGAAAGAGCUCCCACCAUUCUUCCAAGAAGAAUUGCAAAAUGUGGAGGCUGAGGAGGGAGGAUCCGCCUCUCUGUGUUGUGAGCUGUCUAAACCUGCAGUGUCAGUGCAGUGGAAGAAGAACAGGCUGCCUCUGAGAGCUAACAGGAAGUACGAGAUGAAACAAGAUGGCUGCCUCCUGCAGCUGCACAUCAAGGAUCUCAAACCUGAAGACAGUGGCAGCUACUCAUGUGAAGCAGGAAGUGCAGAGACCUCUGCUACUGUGACAGUGACAGAGCUGCCUCCAUUCUUUGAGAAAGACUUAGAAAAUGUGGAGGUUGAGGAGGGAGGAUCAGCCUCUCUGUGUUGUGAGCUGUCUAAACCUGGAGUGUCAGUGCAAUGGAAGAAGAACAGGCUGCCUCUGAGAGCGAACAGGAAGUACGAGAUGAAACAAGAUGGCUGCCUCCUGCAGCUGCACAUCAAGGAUCUCAAACCUGAAGACAGCGGCUGCUACUCAUGUCACACAGGAAGUGAAGAGACCUCUGCUACUGUGACAGUGACAGAGCUCCCACCAUUUUUCCAAGAAGAAUUGCAGAGCACAGAGGUUGAGGAGGGAGGAUCAGCCUCUCUGUGUUGUGAGCUGUCUAAACCUGCAGUGUCAGUGCAGUGGAAGAAGAACAGGCUGCCUCUGAGGGCUAACAGGAAGUACGAGAUGAAACAAGAUGGCUGCCUCCUGCAGCUGCACAUCAAGGAUCUCAAACCUGAAGACAGCGGCAGCUACUCAUGUGAAGCAGGAAGUGCAGAGACCACAGCGACUGUGACAGUGACAGAGCUCCCACCAUUUUUCCAAGAAGAAUUGCAAAGUGUGGAAGCUGAGGAGGGAGGAUCAGCCUCUCUGUGUUGUGAGCUGUCUAAACCUGGAGUGUCAGUGCAAUGGAAGAAGAACAGGCUGCCUCUGAGAGCGAACAGGAAGUACGAGAUGAAACAAGAUGGCUGCCUCCUGCAGCUGCACAUCAAGGAUCUCUCGUGUCACACAGGAAGUGCAGAGACCUCUGCGACUGUGACAGUGACAGAGCUCGCGCCAUUUUUCCAAGAAGAAUUGCAAAGUGUGGAAGCUGAGGAGGGAGGAUCAGCCUCUCUGUGUUGUGAGCUGUCUAAACCUGCAGUUUCAGUGCAAUGGAAGAAGAACAGGCUGCCUCUGAGAGCUAACAGGAAGUACGAGAUGAAACAAGAUGGCUGCCUCCUGCAGCUGCACAUCAAGGAUCUCAAACCUGAAGACAGCGGCAGCUACUCAUGUCACACAGGAAGUGCAGAGACCUCUGCGACUGUGACAGUGAAAGCACUAGAACCGACUCCACCAAAGGACGAGCCUCCCACGAUCCUUCCCCGGGAUAAGGGCACUGUUUCCAAAUCAACCUCUCCUCCAGACAACCAGAAGCCUGGACUCCCAGAAGCCAAACCUGUUCCUCCAGAGCCCAAAAAGAGAGCUGCUAGGAAAGCAUCUAUCACAAGUUUAGGCAGAGAUGUGGAGCCAGUGUUUGACAUGAAACAGAGCGUGACACAACUGGAGAAAGGCAGUGAAGUGAUCAAGAAGGUUGACGAGGCAAUGAGACAACUGGAGAAGGAUGAUGGGGUUGGCAGGGAGGUGGAAGAGCCAGCAAUGCCUUUGGGGACGGAGAAGGGUGUAUUCCUGGAGAAGAGACAACCAGGAAUGAGUUUGGAGAAAUUAGUUAAAGUUGAGCACAAUAUGGGUCAUUCAGACCAGGAAGUUGAACAGAGCUUAAAACAAGCAGGAAAGCCUUCGGAGAAACCAAGUGAUGUUGAGAGGAAGGAAAGUCAUCCAGAAAUAGUCCUGUGGAAGAACAUUGAGGAUAAAAAACAGCCUGUGAAACCAUCCGAGAAGUCUAUUGGGAAGGAAAUGAUUAAAGUGCAAGAAGAGAAGUCUACGGUACAGAAGGUCGACGUAGAAGAAGAGGAACCUCUCAAACCACCAGUUAGAUCUAAAGGGAAGGUAGCAGUAGGAAAGGAACACCUUAGAUAUGAUACAAAGGAAACUGAGGAGAUCCAAUCAGUAAAGCCUACUGUAAAUGACUCUGAGGACGACCAAAAACAAAGAGAUUUGAAACAACACGUGUCCACAGAGCAAGAGAAAAAGACACUGAAACUAGUGCCUUCUGUAGAUCAGCUGGAGAAACGACCAGUAGAACAACCAGUAAAGACUUUAGAAAAAGAAGUCCCUCCAAAACCACCCGCAAGGAUUAAAAGCAAAUCAAAGGGAGGAAUGGAAAAGCAAUCGUCAAGGGACACGGAGACGGAUCAAGACGAGCGUACGAUGCCAAGAGUGGUGGUGCAAACAACAGAAGAUCAGCCAAUGAAACAGUCUUUGAAAAAACAGGUUGAAGAGAAACCAAGAUUGGAGAGGAAACUAUCUGUAGCUCCAGACACUGAGAUAUUUGAGAAGCUUAAGCAACCGAUCAGACAACCAGUAAAACCAAUGAGAAAGGAACCCAAACUGGACCAGGAGACUAAACUGGCAGCCGAGCCGAUAAGUCGGGAAGAGGAACAACAAACGAUAAAAGUGUCAGAAGGAAUUCCUCUCCACACUGAGAUGGCUGAGAAGCUUAAGCAACCUUUGAAUGAUGCGGAGAAGUAUGCAAAUGCCAGACAGCCGAUCCAACAACCAGUAAAACCAAUGAAACCUGAACUGAACCAGGAGAGUAAGCUGGCAGUCGAGCCGAUGAGAAGGGAAGAGGAACAACAAAGGACACAUGUGUCAGAAGGAAUUCCUCUGCUCUACAUAUCUGAGGAUGAAACUUUCUCAGAGGCUUUGACCGAGAUGCCAUCGAACCACAGCAUCGUCCAACCUCCUGUCUCUUUUGUUGAUGGGUCAACCCAACCUGCUCCUCCUCCGAUCACGGUACCCCAGAGGGAUCAACCACCAAAUGAAGAUACCCAAGAGAUGGACAUUGAGGAUGAAUCCGAGAUGCUAGAGGCUGCGGUCAAGAUCCAGGCCGCCUUCAAAGGCUACAAAACCCGCAAAGACAUGCGACCCGUCUUCAAAGAGGUGUUCAAGAACCAGAGUGCAGAUCUUCACGGUACGGUCACGCUGGUGUGUGUUGCUGAGGGGAAACCGAGCAUGGCGCGCUGGCUGAGAAACGGCCAACAAAUCAUCAAUGAUCAGCGAUGCCGUGUUGAGUCUACAGAGGAGGGCGUUUGCACUCUUGUGAUCAAGAACCUGACCCUGAUUGACAGUGGGAUCUACACAUGUGAGGUGGUGAAUAAGUUUGGUAUGACCUCCUACAAUGGAAACCUGACAGUAGUACCGCCUCAGAGACCCACGCCGACAAACCAGAAGCCGGUACAUCCGCCGCUUGCAGCCAUAACUCCUCUGCAAGUUGCCCCGCAGAAGCCUGAGGAAAAAACACAGACUCAGGAUCUUAUUCAGACUCAGACUCAGACUCAGGAUCUUCCUCAGACUCAGGAUCUUCCUCAGACUCAGGAUCUUCCUCAGACUCGGGAUCUUCCUCAGACGCAGAUUCAGGAUCUUCUUCAGACUCAGACUCAGGAUCUUCCUCAGACUCAGGAUCUUCCUCAGACGCAGAUUCAGGAUCUUCUUCAGACUCAGACUCAGGAUCUUCCCCAGACUUUGGAUCCUCCACAGACUCAGACACUGGAUCUUCCUCAGACUCUGGAUCUUCCUCAGACUCAAACCCAGGUACCGUCUUCAGGUACGGAUGCUGAAAACUACGUAGAAAAUGAGAGUGUCUCUCUGUGGGAGGCCUACAAUCUGACGGAGCAGGACUCUCAGAGGAAGCUUCAGGAGAGGAGAGGAUCCUCCCUCAUCGCCGCCAGCUCAAUGUCCAGUCCGUCGGAUUAUGACACGGCUCCGGAUAUGUUGGAACCUGUUGAUUCUGGUCCAGAUGUACCAAGGUCAGAGAUCAGAAAGAUGAUGGAUCAAGCGCCUCCAAAAGACGAUAAAGAACCGAUGGCUCUUCCACAACUUCCUAAGACUCUACUGAAGGUCAAAGGGGGUCAUGAAGGUAAAAUGAGGGCACCGUCUCCCAAACACCACCGCGCUCACACACCUCUAACCAGCACCGUGUCUGGAUCAGAGUCAGAGGGGGAGGAGGACCGACGAGAGACUUUUGAGAUGUACGUGGCUCGAGCCGACUGCAGUCCGGACUUUGGGAAUAAGGAGAGCUUUGUUCUGAAGGAGGGUCAGUUUGUGGAGGUUCUGGACUCUGUUCAUCCCAACCGCUGGCUGGUGAGGACCAAACCCACCAAAACCACCCCCGCCAGACAGGGAUGGGUGUGUCCCGCAUACCUGGAGAAGAAGAGGAAGGAGACCUUCCCUCAGCUGAGAGCCCCUCAGGAGGAUCUCGAUGGGAUCGGGUCGACAGGAGAAGAGUACAGGAGAGCUCUGAGCCAACUGAUCCAGGGUCUGAUUGACGGGGAGGAGGAGUUUGUGAAGGAGAUGAAGAUGUUCGCCUCUCACCAGCUGCAGUACCUGGAGUCCAGCCGACACGUCCCCGUCAACAUCCUGAACCAGAAGGAGAUCAUCUUCAGGAACAUCAGGGACAUUGUGUCGCUGCACGAGAGGUCGAUCCUCCCCGGCCUCAGAGACUGUUCCACGGACGACGACGUGGCGAUGCUCCUCCUGAAGAACGCUGGAGACUUUGAGAAAUAUCUGCACUACCUGACGGGACAGACUCAAGCUGAGGCCUGCGUCUCCGACAAGACUGUCCAGCAGUACUUUAAGGAGUUGCCAGAAUCUGGUCAGUCUGAUGUUCCUGUGAUGGAUGUCCUCACGUUCCUGCAGAGACCAGUGGAGAGGAUCCAGACGUACCAGGCUCUCCUGAAGGAGUUUAUCAAGAACAAGGCUCACAGUGGUCAGAGCUGCUGCCUGCUGGAGGACUCCUUCUCUCUGGUGUCCUCUCUGCCCUGGAGGUCAGACAACCUGCAGCAGGUCUCUCUGAUCCAGAACUACCCGGCACCGCUCAUCGCUCUGGGUGAGCCCGUCAGACAGGGCGUCUUCACGGUGUGGGAAGAGUCUCCAGAGGUGAAGUCCACCUCCAGAGGACACCAGAGACAAGUAUUCCUCUUUAAGGAGUGCAUCGUGCUGUGUAAACUGAAGAGAGACUCCGGUGUGAGCGGCGACUCCUACACCUUCAAGAACAAAAUGAAGCUGAAUGACGUGGAGGUGAAGGAGGCUCUGGGUGGAGACGAGAAAUGUUGGGGUUUGUGGCACGAGCACCGGGGGUCCGUGAGGAGGCUGACGCUGCAGGGCCGCUCCGCCCUGGUGAAGCUCUCCUGGCUGAAGGACCUGAAGGAGCUGCAGCAGAGAGCCAGUCUGCCUAGCAACAGUCCUCCCGUGUUUGAGUCUCUGCUGUCUGACUGCACCUCAAAGAUAGGAGAGACCAUCAAACUGACCUGCAGAGUCUCAGGGUCGCCCAAACCGGAGGUCAGCUGGCUCAAAGACGGCCUUCCUCUGGAGGACGACCCCCGUCACAUCAUCACAGCGGACCGCUCUGGCUCCUGCAGCCUGAUCCUGGACAGCCUCACUGCGGAGGACUCGGGGCAGUACGCCUGCUACGCCUCCAGCUCCAUGGGCAGCGUCGGGACUCUGGCUAAGGUGGUGGUGCGCGCUCCCCCCAGGUUUGUGUGUCGGCUGGAGAGUGCGUGUCUGAUCGAAGGAGAGGACAUACAGUUCACCUGCUCCACUCUGACCGCUCCUCUGCCACGGAUCAGGUGGAUGAAGGAUGGCAGAGAGUUGACGGAGCAGCAGAAAUACCUGAUCCUGAACGAUGCUCGGAGCGGCAUCUUGUCUCUGACGGUCAUCAGGGCGACUGAGGCAGAUAUCGGACAGUAUGAGUGUGAGCUGAGUAAUGAGUUUGGCUGUGUGAAGUGUAAAGCCGGUCUCUGCCCCGCCUACGUCCCGCCGACCGACAUCGAGGACGACCGGCCUCAGGACUUACCUCCUAAAGACGCAGACUCAGAGGGGUGGUCGGCUGCCUUUGUGAAGAAAUGGCUGCAGACUGAUUUCAGCCCCACCUCCAUCGCUAAGAUGCUCUUCCCCCCUGAACAAGCUGAAUGUACUGAAGAGGCUGUCCCUGCCUCGGCCUCCGUGGAUCAGGUGGUGCAGCAGCCUCUGUACCUGGAGGAAGAGGAGGAGAUCUUCAUCUCAGAGCAAAUGCAGGAAAUUACAGACGCCCCUCCCUCCAUCCAGGUCCCGGCUGAGGAUCUGUCUGUAGAGCCCGGUACACCGGCUACAUUCACUGCCAUCAUCACAGGGAGACCCACUCCUAAUGUGCAGUGGUACAAGGAUGGAGAGGAGCUUGCAGCUGAUGACAAUGUGCAGAUAGUCCAGCAUGGAGCUCGCUUCUCCGUGACCGUAGUGUGUCCCGAGGGCGAGGACGGAGGCACCUACACCUGCGUCGCCUUCAACGAAUCCGGACACGACUCAUGCCAGGCGGAGCUCACCGUGGAGGAAGGCCCUCUGGAGUGUCAGGAGCGAGAGGUGGAGCUCGGGAAGAGGAGAAGGUUAUUCUCCGUCUACGAUGUCCACGAGGAAAUUGGAAGGGGAACCUUCGGCGUGGUGAAGCGUGUCGCCCACCGGCGCACGGGGGAAGUGUUUGCUGCUAAGUUCCUCCCUCUGAGGAGCAGCACUCGGACCAGAGCCUUCCAGGAGAGAGACCUGCUGUCCCGCCUGGCUCACCCGCGAGUCGCCUGCCUGCUCGACUUCUUCUGCACCAGACGCACUCUGGUGCUCAUCACAGAGAUCUGCUGCUCUCAUGGACUUCUGGACCAUCUAUUAUUGAAAGGAUCAGUCUCUGAGAAAGAGGUUCAGUCGUACAUGCAGCAAAUCCUUGAAGGAGUCGGUCACAUCCACAGCAUGAACAUCCUGCACCUGGACAUCAAACCUGAUAACAUCCUGAUGGUGUAUCCCCCCCGAGAUGAGAUUAAAAUCUGUGACUUCGGCUUCUGCCAAGAGAUAGACGCAUCCCGACACCAGUACAGCACGUUUGGUACGCCGGAGUUUGUGGCCCCUGAGAUCGUUCACCAAGAACCGGUCACUGUGGCCACGGAUAUCUGGUCUGUGGGUGUUAUAGCUUAUAUCUGUCUGGUGUGCCGCUGCCCGUUUGUGGGGGAGACGGACCGGGCCACCCUGCUGCGGGUGGGGGAGGGGACUCUGAACUGGGACGCCCCUGAUGUGACCUACAGGAGCCCCGAGGCCCAGAAGUUUCUGCACAUGCUGCUCCAGCCAGAUCCAGAGAAGCGACCCUCAGCCUUUGAGUGCUUGAGCCACGAAUGGAUCCAGGACGAACAUGCAGGAGAAGAUACGGAAGACAUCAACACAAGGACUUUGAAAAUCUUCAUCUCAAAACGGAAAUGGCAGCGUUCCUUGACCUCCAUCGGGUCGGUCCUCACGCUGAGGCUGAUCCCCGAGCUGCUGGACGCUCCGCUCAGAGAGACGGCGGUGACGGUGCCCCGGGAGCCCCAGGAGCACAGCAGCUCAUCCCUGAGCAGCGGGUCCUCCUCGGAGUACGAUGAAGCCGACUCCUGGGACUGUUUCCAGCACUACAGCCCGACGGAGGAAGAGGAGGAGGAAACUGAGGAGGAGUACGAUCCUUUUACGGAGCGAGCGCAGAUCCAAGAGUCUUAUCCCAAACUCCACCUGAAUGAGGAAGAGGAGCUGACGUUAGGGGAGGAGGAGGAGGAUGUGGAGCUGUUAGGAAGGAGCAGUGUGUUGGAUAGGAGUAUCAGCAGGCAGUCAGUCGCUUCGUCGGACGUCUCCUCCCAACACACUCCUCAGAGGGAGCGGCGGUUCAGCAAGGACAGCAGUCAGUCUCUGUACCUGUCCGAUGGAGACGAAGGGUCAGGCAGCGAUGGAGGUCGGAUCCCCCGUGGCAGCGUCAUCCGAAGCACCUUCUACAGCACCUCCCAUCAGCUGUCUCCCAUGUCCGCCAGACACAUGACGCUACGGGACAAGUUCCAGGCCAAGAAGCAGGAGCGGGGACGUAAGCCUCUCCGGAGAAGCCUUUCCGGACGCCUCAAUGAGCCUCUCAUCGAGUACGUGGAGGACGACCCCGAGACCAACCGUGGCCAGAGACGGGGGUCCGUGCAGCCGGCGAUGCAGAAGUCCUGCUCCUUUGAUAGCGGGGUUAGCCUCCCGCACGCUAACGCACCCAGGAGGAGCAGGUCUCUGGACGAGUACUCCCGGAGAUCUCCGAGCUCACCGAAGCCGGAUGACGAAGAAGAGGGGUCUCAAAGUCUGAAGGAGGGAGACUUGACCGAUGAUGAAGCAGCAGGAAGGAACUUGUUGGCGAUCCCGACUCCUCAGCGACCAGCGAGAAGACGAGGCUCCAUUGCUCCGGUACAAAGUGGAUCAGCUGUUCCCUCGAGCCUCAUCGCUGGGAACAGGAGGAUGCUGGAUCCAGAUCAGGCAGCCCGGGAAACCUUCGCCGGUUCCCAGGGAUCUCUGGCCGACUCGUCUCUCCUGGAGCACGGUGGCUCUGAGUCCUCGAGUCGACUCGGGUCCUAUGAAGAGCUGAGUCAUGGUCUAAUCAGAUCUGGGGAGAGCGAAGGGUACGACGAUCAAGGCGAGCCUCUGAUCCCCCCGUCACCAUCUUUCUUCCAGGCGGUUAAACCCAAGUUCCCUCAAGCUCCGCCGCGCAACCGCAACCGCACCCGCACCCGAUCCAACCCUAACUUAUGCGGUCAACUCCCAGCGAGCCCCAGCCCCAGCCUCACGUCCCUGCAGGCCCCCGAGAGGCCCCCCAGAGCCAGGGACAAGAAGGACAGCGGGGGUCUGCAGAGGCACGCAUCAGCCCCAGCCCUGGACCUCCCGCCCCCUACUGGGAAGUCACCCAAGCUGGGUCUGCUGAAGAUCUUCCGUCGGCAGUCCUGGACCGGACACUCGUACUCGCCGCUGGACAACCAGGCGUUAGGACCCACGCUGGGGGAGAUCAUGAAGCCGGACACCCCCACCAUGUCCCUGAGGAAGAAGAUGAGAGCUUCGGCCUCCAGUCUGACCAAGCUGUUCACCAGGUCUAAGGAGGAUGUGAGCAAAGGAGGUCCGAUAGUGAAAGGUUCAGCCCCCACCCCUCCUGAGAGGAAGCGCAGCUCUGGUCUGGAGAGUCCGAAGAAGAGAGCCUCCAAACUCCUGCCUUCUUUCAAAAUACCUGCUUUCAAGAAGAACAAAGAUCUGCUGAUCCGUCCAAACAAAGCUGAAGUGUUCCAGUUAGACGGAGGUGGCGUCCUGCUGGUGUGGAAACCAGUCCCAACCAGUGAUCCCGUCACUUACUGUGUGCAGUACAGCACAGAGGGGCGGGAGUGGACGGUGCUGUCGGAGGAGGGGACAGAGAGCUGCUUGGUGGUGAAGGACUUACCCAGAGGAGCCUCCUAUGUGUUCCGGGUCGGCUGCAUCACCAAGACCGGUGCCGGACCCUUCAGUGACGCCUCAGCUCCCGUCGUCAUGUCCACGCACCCCGAAGAGAUCCACAUUCCUCUCAUCCAGACUGAGACCCUGGGGGCAAAGGUCACCGGGUCAGACCGACAGACGACGCACAAGAACUACAACUUCCUGUCUGAGAUCAACAGGGGGCGUUUCAGCGUCCUCACCCUCUGCAGAGACGUUGAGACCAGCCAAGUGUUUGUGGCUAAGAUCACCCCGUACCAGGCGGAGCAGCGGCUACUGGUUCUGAGGGAGUACCAGCUGCUGAGGAGGCUGCACUACCCCCACCUGCUGCAGCUGCACACCGCCUACCUCACCCCCCGACACCUGGUGCUGGUGGAGGAGCUCUGCCCUGGCAAGGAGCUGCUCUACAGCCUGGCUGCCAGAGAUCAGUACGCUGAGACCCAGGUGGCCGAGCUGCUCCUCCAGAUCAUCAGUGCGGUGGACUACCUGCACAGCCGCCGGGUCGUGCACCUGGACCUGAAGUCCGACAACAUGCUGGUGGACGACUGCAACCACCUGAAGAUCGUGGACCUGGGCUCCGCUCUGUCCUUCACCCCCGGGCAGCCUCUCAACGUGGAGCACAUCCACGGACACUCGGACAGCAAAGACUGCCGCAGCAAAGUGUAUAUCGUCCUCCCUAAAGCGCCGGAGAUCCUGGAGGGUCAGGGAGUCGGACCUGAAACAGACGUGUGGGCUGUUGGAGUUCUGUCCUUCAUCAUGUUGAGCGCCGACAGCCCGUUCCACGCUGACCACAGCUGGGAGCAGGACAGGAACAUCAAGAAGGGGAAGAUCCAGUUCGGACGCUGCUACCCCGGCCUGUCCGAGGGGGCGCUGACCUUCAUGAAGAGCAGCCUCAACAACAAGUCCUGGGGAAGACCCAGCGCUGCCGAGUGUCUGCAGAACCCGUGGCUGCGAGCACAUCGCGCCCGUCACUCCAAAGUGAGUUUCUCCACCGACAAGCUGAAGGAUUACCUCCAGCAGAAGGAGGAGAAGCGAGACCUGGUGUGCACCAAGAUCCAGGGGCCCUUCUUCCAGUAAAAACUAUGCAGCCUUACAAGCAGCACGUUUCAUUUCAGCCAGACUUCGGGAAACAUUUGAGUUUCCUCUGAUUUUUAAAAGUUGAUGCGUCUUAAUGAGUUUCAUGUCUUUAUCUGUAAGCUUGUUAGUGUGCUGCCUCUGUGUGCUGGAAACAGAUCAGGGAUAAGUCUUUCAGAGAGUUACGAGUUUUAAAAUCUCGACUUAGAUGUGGAACUGAUGCACGAGUUUGGCCUUAAACAGUUUUUCUGAGUGAUGUAUUUUAUUUGAAAUGGUUCACACGUUGCCUUAAAGUUAUAAUGUACAAAUGAGAAAAAUAUUAGACUUAUAGGUUUUAUUAAAUGCCUGAUAAUACUUCAAUAGAAACCUGAAUGAAUUGAUGAGUAACAGAUUAAAUAAAUGGCACAAAGGUU